AUGCCUCCACCUUCACGCGCACAUACCACCGCCGCUGGAUCUUACCAAGCGCGUCAGAAUCGAUCUGCCAGAGCUAGGCACUCGUUAGACGAUACUGGCUUUUCCAUCGACAGUUCUGAACUCCCAUCGGGCCUGAUUGUUGAUUACAGUAUAGACGAUGUGGUGAGACCGAGCAAUAUUGCCGAGCUUGGGCGCGGCCAGCAGAUAGAGAAUGUUCAUCUAGACGAUGAGGAUGAGGAUGACGAGGAUGCAGAUAUCGAGGAGGGUGAACUAGAUGGAGCACCUGCCUCUACUUCUGGCGAUCAGCUACCUCCUACUGGACUGAAGGAAAUCUCAUCACUCGCUAGCUGGACUGUCAGCACCAGCAAGCCUGGGUGUGGUGUUGCUGCUCUGCGUCACCCAUCCACCUCACUGUUCUGGCAGAGUGAUGGCCCUCAACCCCACCUCCUUACUGUGCACUUCUUCAAGCAAGUCGCCGUCGCACACAUCCGCAUCUACCUCGACUUCGAAAACGACGAAAGCUACACACCCACACGCAUGCAGUUCUGGGCUGGCACUGGCCUGCACGACUUGAUCGAGUUCGCCGACAUGCAGUUCGAGCAGCCCCGUGGUUGGAUCCCAGUCGACUUCUCCCAGGUCGGUCCAAUCGAGGACGAUGAAGAGGAUCCCGAGUCAAUCGACUGGAGCAAAAGACCUCUGCUGCGUUGCUUCAUCUUGCAGGUUCGUAUCCUUGAGAACCACCAAAACGGCAAGGACACGCACCUACGUGGCCUGCAGAUCUUCGCCCGCGACGAGAGAGCUGAGGACGGUGGUCUGGCAGAGGGUGUCGAUGCCAAGGAGGGUGCGCUUGCCGAUAGAGUCGACAUGCCCGUUCGCUCCAAGGAAAAGCGUACACGCUCUGAGGGCUUGCCGAAACUCAAGAAGGCUUCUUGGAUGAUGGAGCCGGAACUGAGAUGA